AUGAACCUUGGAUCGGUUACGCGGUAUCUUGAGGGAGAAGCAAUCGAGAAUGAUGAAAAAACAAAAGUUGGGAAUUUACCACCGAGAUUCAUCGAGAAAUUCGUGAUGAAAGGUAUAAAAGUAGAUCUCAUCGAACCUGGUCGAAUCGUCUGCUCCAUGAAAGUCCAACCUCAUCUCCUGAACGCAGGAAAAUUCUUACACGGAGGAGCAAUGGCGACAGUGGUGGAUUUGAUAGGGACAGCAGCAAUUUACACAAACGUAGAUUCAGACCAGUCGGAGGGAGUGUCAGUGGAGAUCAAUGUUUCAUACCUUGAUGCUGCUUUCCUUGACGAAGAGUUAGAGAUUGAAUCGAGGGCUUUGCGUGUGGGUAAAGCUGUUGCGGUUGCGAGUGUUGAGCUGAGGAGGAAGAAGAAUGGUAAGAUUAUUGCUCAAGGUCGCCAUACUAAGUACCUUGCUCCUCGUCCUAAGCUUUGA